GAAUUGGUGUAUAUUAUAAAUUUUGUAUCUGGCUGUUAACACAGCAUUAUUAUGGAACGAUCUAUAGGUUCCAAGGUUCUGGUGUUUGCUGUUCUAUUCGUAUUAAUUGCAGCGGCAUAUGCAGAACAGAAAUACGACCCCUGCUGUUCGUUACCGUGUGAGAACAAUGGUAUUUGUUAUACGAAGGGAUUUGAUGAUUAUGAAUGCGACUGCACGAGAACAGGACAUUAUGGAAAAAACUGUGAAAUAGCCCCGUUUUCGACAUGGCUGAAGAAAUUUAUUAAGCCCACACCAGCUACAAUCCAAUAUAUUGUUACACAUUAUGAGACGUUCUGGAAGAUUGUCAACUCCAUACCAUGGCUUCAGAAAACCUUCAUGGCAGCUGUUUUAAAACUUCGCAUCGGUUUAGUUGAAGAGCCUUCAGCUUACAUUGCAAAUGAUGAUUAUACAACGUGGGAUACUUACGUUAACAGAUCUGUCUACGCAAGAACUUUACCGCCAGUACCAAGAAAUUGUCCUACGCCGAUGGGCGUAGCAGGAAAAAAGGAACUACCACCAGCUGAACUGGUCGCUGAAAAAUUAUUUACAAGAAAAAAAUUCCGACCUUGUCCACAAAGAUCGAGUGUUGUUUUUCCGUUGUUUGCACAGCAUCUAAAUCAUCAAUAUUUUAAAACUGAUUUUCGUAAAGGAUAUCCCUUCUAUUGGGGAAGUCAUUAUGCUGAUUUGUCUAAUGUUUACGGCCACACUAUUAAACGCCAGCACGCACUUCGUUCCUUUGUUGAUGGAAAAAUGAAAACAUCGAUAAUCAACGGCGAAGUUUAUCCACCACUCGAAGCAGAUGCUGUUGGAGCAGAAAUGGUUGGUGCUGCUGCAAUUCCAGAAAAAUACAGAGUGUCUGUGGGUCAUCCUUACUUUGGAGCUUUACCAUUUUUUAUGAUUUGGGCUACUGUAUACCUCAGAGAGCACAACCGUGUGUGUGAUAUUCUGAAGGUAGAACAUCCAGAAUGGGACGAUGAACAACUCUUUCAAACGGCGAGACUUGUAAUAACAGGUGAAACAAUAAAAAUUGUCGUCGAAGAAUACGUUCAACAUCUUAGCGGUUUCCAUUUCAAACUUAUAUACGACCCAGAGAUAGUUAUGGGACAAUUAUCAUAUCACAAUCAGAUUCACCAAGAAUUCCAUGCCAUUUAUCAUUGGCAUCCAAUGAUUCCGGAUUAUUUAGAAGUACGAGGUAAACAUUACAAAAUCAGAGAAUUGUUAUUCAAUCCAAAGCCUUUCGUCGAAGCUGGCUUAGGCAACUUAUUGUCAGAUUUACACAAGCAAUUUAGCGGUCGGUGGGCAGGAGGACAAAAUCAUGGUUCCGGUACCCUGGUUGUUGGAGUCCAAACUAUUAUGCAAGGAAGGGUAAUGAGACUCCAGUCGUUUAAUAAAUACAGAAAAAGGUUUAAUUUGCCUCCAUACAAAAGCUUCGAGGAGUUUACAGGCGAAAAGGAGAUGGCCGCGGAGCUUGAAGAAUUGUAUGGUGAUAUUGAUGCUUUGGAAUUUUACGUUGGGCUUGUGCUUGAAAAAAGAAGAGACCGUCAGCUAUUUGGAGAAACUUUGGCCACAAUGGGUGCCCCUUAUUCUUUGAAAGGUCUGUACGGAAGUCCACUCGCUUCUCCAGGUUGGUGGAAACCCAGUACAUUUGGCGGAGAAGUUGGAUUUAACAUUGUGAAGGAAGCAUCGUUACAGAAAAUGGUGUGUGAUAACGUAGAAGGUUGUCCAACCGUUGGAUUUACCGUCCCAGAUGACGUAGAAUACAAAGAAGACGAGUUCAAUACUGUGCCUGUACCUGACGAUGACACCGCUGACAUCAUGGUGAAAUUGUCACAUCAAGCCAAAAAAGCAUAUCAAUCAACACAACAACAGACUUGUGAUAAAUCGAAAAAUGAUUGUGGCAAAAUUUGAAUUUGAACAUUUUUGACAUGCAAUUUAUUAUUGAUGUAGUAACGUCCACGCUUAUUUUGCUUCAAGUACUUAAUCUACCUUUCAGCGUGGGUUUCUAAGAAUAUUUUUGCAUACUGCAUACAAAGCAAUAAAUCUAAGAUUUCAUAUUGAUAAA